AUGAACGAGGUCCCGAAGCUUUUGUGGAAGCUUCUGAAACAGCGGGCUGCCUUCCUGUUCGUGGGUGGCCCUGCUGGUAUCCGUCUUCUGCUUCUUCUUGUUCGCCGUGGCGAGGUCCAAUUGACCGCAGGCGCGGUGUGUGCUCUUGGGUGGAAGGCGAAAACAAAGAUUGCACCGAUAAAGUUCAUCAGCAAGCACGAACUCCCGGCGAACAAAACUCUGGGCCAUCCCCACGUCAACCACGGCGUAUUCACCGCGUCGGGGAGCCGAGAUGAGUUCCACCCCGCGGACAGCAUUGCGACCUUCCUGUACAACUGCAACCCAAAAUUACUCAAGAAGUUCCUCGAUAUCGACGGGCCAGAGGUAGAGAUAGCAUGCAAGGCUCCCAAGCCAUUCCAGACACUGCACAUUGCACGGAUCGGAGACACGGUCACGGCGAGUCGCCACUGUGGAUACCCCUCGGAAGGAGAGAUGGUCACGGUAAUCGACUGUCUCAUCGAGCGCAAUGGGGAGUGGACGGCGGUGUCUGCCUCGAACGAUGGAUUUGAACCCGCAAGGCAGGAGGCCAAGGAGAGAAUGGGCGCGGACUUGGCCCAGUCGAUUCUGCUUCGCAGGCAGUGGGAGAGGGAUUCUCCAGGAUUCGAAAUCAGUAUCUUGAUCAAUGAAAUGACAUGUCAUGACUUCGGAAAGAGAUGA